UUUUGUCGCACGGCCCUCACUCGCAGGUCACUCUCGGCCCGCGACCUUGCCCCGCGCGCUCCUGUCCUUCACGCCGCCACCGUAGAGAUGCUGCGCUGCGGCCUGGCCUGCGAGCGCUGCAGGUGGAUCCUGCCCCUGCUCCUGCUCAGCGCCAUCGCCUUCGACAUCAUCGCCCUGUCCGGCCGGGGCUGGGUGCAGUCGAGCACCCACAUCCAGACGUCCUCGCUGUGGUGGCGAUGCUACCACGAGGGGGGCGGCAGCGGGUCCACCGCGGAUGGCUGCGAGAGCCUCAUGGACUACGCGUGGGGAAGGGCGGCGGCCGCCACGCUCUUCUGCGGCUUUAUCAUCCUGGUGAUCUGUUUCAUCCUCUCCUUCUUCGCGCUCUGCGGCCCCCAAAUGCUGGUCUUCCUGAGAGUGAUCGGAGGCCUGCUGGCCCUGGCCGCUGUGUUCCAGAUCAUCUCCCUGGUAAUCUACCCGGUGAAGUACACCCAGACCUUCUCCCUUCACGCCAACCCCGCUGUCAACUACAUCUAUAACUGGGCCUAUGGCUUUGGGUGGGCGGCCACGAUCAUCCUGAUCGGCUGUUCCUUCUUCUUCUGUUGCCUCCCCAACUAUGAAGACGACCUUCUGGGCAAUGCUAAGCCCAGGUACUUCUACACAUCUGCCUAAGGUGGGGAGGGGUUCCUGCUGCCAGGACGGACUCCAGAGGAAGAAACUGUGUGCUCCAGAAUACUCGGAACCUGUUUGGGGCAGCAGUGCUCGCAUCAUUAGACUAGUCAAAGUGCUGAAACAAUUGGGGGGAAAAUGUUUCUUAAAGGGUGUUAUAGUUUCGUACUCGGCUUUUACAUAUGCUUUCUAGAGGUAAACAAAACUUAUUUCCUUUUAACUUAACUGCUUGUAAUAUGUUAGUAUUUCUCUUUAUUACCUGUCCAUACAAUUUAUACUGCAUAUGUAAAAGAGUAUGAUUAUGAAACUUAUGUUUUAUAAGAUAAAAAUGAGAAGGCUUUGAGGAUUUAAGUCAUCUGAUAAAUGGUCUAUUUUUACCAGGUUAAAUGGACUGGGAAAAGGAGAACUUGGAAGUAUUGGUAAAAAUUGUUAGUGACCAAAGAUUCUAAAAGAAAUGUAAAAAUAAAUAUUUUUUUCAGCCUUCAUCCACCUAAAGAAGGAAACUCGUUUCCUAAAUGCAUAUCACUUGUGAGCAUUUCUCAUUAAUACCCUGCAUAAAUGGUUUUUUGCUAAGCUUCAAAAACCAGCUAAAGCUUCGCAUUACCUGGGAAUGUCAUUUAGGAAAGGAUUCCUUCAUGGCCCAAGCCUGUUGCAGAGAUAAGGCCUGCUGUAGGGAAAUGCUAGGAUGAAAAUUUCUCUUUCAAAUGGUGUAUAGGGUUGGGGUAUGGGGAAAUGACAUAUUAAUCUAUAUUGUUUUGUGUCUGUAUGUUCAGAUCCAGAGUAGACUGAGUUGAAAGAUGGGCUGGGUCUAAUUCGUCAUGACUGGCAGAGCAUUAGGAAGGCCAUUGCUGUCACAAAAGUGACGCUGAAACAACCUUAGGAGAGGAAACGGCUUGAAUGUUUCAUCUCAGUUGACCAGGCUCGAAUCAUAUAGACACAGCUUCUGAUAGAUUGCAACUGUAAGCAGAAACUUAAAUAUAGUUAAAAACCUGGUCUUACUUGGUUGACCUAUUUAAGAUAUCUACUGUAAAACAUGCAACAGGAGAAUUCAGGGAUGUGAGAUCUCUGAAUGGGAAAUAUAUGAUAUAUCACAUGGAUUAUUAUUAUUAUUAUUUUUUUACCAUUUGUACUUACACAAUGAAAACCAAUUCAUAUGAUAUAUCAAAUUGUUUUGUAAGUUGCAGAAUAAGCAACUGCAGUUUUUAUUAUGAAUUUUUCCCAAUAAACCAGGUUUUCUAA